GACAUUCUGUAUCGCUGUAAAGAGAUGCAACAGUUUCAUACAGGGGGUGAGAGUCGCUCUCCAGAAAUGGUCAUAGCUUAGCUAAUAUUCUCCUUCCUCCCACCUCCUGUACAGUGUCCAGGGGGAAUCCCCAAGACUGAGCUAGUCUUUCUGACCCCACAGAGUCUAAAAAAGGUCUUCAGUAGUGCUCCCUGCUCUCCAAAGACCUCAGUCUCCUCAGCAGAAAGAAUCUGCUCUGUCGUUUCUUGUAAAUUGCAUCUGUGUUGUCUGUCCAGUCCAGUUUGAUGUUCAGAUGAACAUCCAGGUAAUAAGGGCUUUUUACACUUGUUAUAGUGCACUAUAUAUGCCUGAAAUAGGGAUUCAGGAUACAGCUACUAAGUAUUUUCCAAAGUGUGCAUGGAAUUAUGGCUUUUACACUCCUUUGGUGCAUUAAUGCCAAGAUAGGAGGAAUUUGGGAUUGGAGUUUGAAUAAGAGAAUUCUGAUAAAGUGCACUAGACCGUGUCCCAUAUCCUGCGUAGUGCACUGUUUGUCCUGUAGGGAACUAUUUGGGAAGCAGCCCACAGGAUGGGACCAGAUGCCCGGAAGUGACGUGCCCGAGCCGGAUAGAGGAAGUGUGUAUGUGUGUAAGAGAGUGAGUGAGUGAGUGAGUGUGAGUUUGUGUAUGUUUGGGUGUAUGUGUGUGAGUGGUGCUUGGACGGAGGAAAGUUUCUUCUCCACCUGGAUCGGACCGGACUGGACUGGGAAUAGUUACGGGUGAAUGCGCGUUUCGGGGCGGCGGCGGCGGUGGUGGCGGCGGCGCGACUCGGUGGACUCUGUCUCUGCGCGCUUUUUGGUGACUCUGCUCGGCUGACAUGGGGAAGGAGCAAGAGCUGCUGGAGGCGGCGCGCACCGGGAACGUGGCCGCCGUGGAGAAGCUGCUGAGCGGCAAGAGAGCGACGUCCGGCGGCGGCGGCGGUGGAGGUGGAGGUGGCGGAGGAUUCGGAGGGGGAGGCGGCGGCGGUGUCAGCGGCGCGAGCUCGCACGCGCUCUCCAGCUUACUCAGUAUAUGGAGGGUCCCUAAUGUGAACUGCGUGGACAGUAACGGAUACACGCCUCUCCACCACGCUGCUCUGAACGGACACAGUGAGGUGGUAGAGUUGCUGUUGAAGAACGAGGCGAUCACUAACGUAGCCGAUAAUAAGGGCUGUUAUCCGCUUCACCUCGCUGCGUGGAAAGGAGAUCAGCGCAUCGUCCGGCUGCUCAUCCACAAGGGGGCGACGUAUCCCAAACUCAAUGAACAGACUCUAGACCACAGAGAAUUCAAACGCUGUGGCCCGUUUGACCCCUAUAUUAAUGCCAAGAACAAUGACAAUGAGACAGCGCUGCACUGUGCAGCACAGUACGGACACUCUGGUGUGGUUCGCGUGUUGCUAGAGGAACUGACAGACCCCACCAUGAGGAACAACCGCUUCGAGACUCCGCUGGACCUCGCCGCCCUCUACGGCCGCCUCGAGGUCGUCAAGCUGCUGCUGUGCGCUCACCCCAACCUGCUCAACACACACACACAUACACACACACACACGCCGCUUCACCUUGCUGCACGCAAUGGACACCUGCCUGUUGUAGAGGUGCUGCUCAAUGCCGGAAUGGACAUCAACUACCAGACGGAGAAAGGCAGUGCCCUUCAUGAAGCUGCUCUUUUUGGGAAGACCGAAGUGGUGCAGAAGCUGCUCAGUUCAGGUAUCGACGUGAACAUUGUGGACAGUAAGAAUCGCACAGCGCUGGACAUUGUGAAGGAAAUGCCAUCCCAGAAAAGUAGUCAGAUCGCUUCUCUCAUCCAGGCUCAUAUGAGCGGGCAGCCUCCAGAUCUCCUUCCUCCACCAGGGCCGACUACCCAGGAGAACCUAAAAAGGGUUCAAGAUGUGUGUGUAGACGUGUGUGAGGAGAGUCCUUAUGAAGCGCUGUUUGAAGCCUCAUCGUGUCACUCGUUGGACAGUUUAGCCAGCGGGAAAUCGUCAGACAGAGACUCAGGAAGGCCAGAGAGUGAAGCUGGCAGAUCGUUUGUGAAAGACCGGCCUCCACCUCCGUCCCACUCUGGAGGAACAGCGCAUGAGGAAGAGCUCAGUUCCGAGGCGGUCUACACCAGCAGUAGUUUGGAUGAGAGAGUGGAAGAUGACGAGGAUCAUACAUACGAAACUCUGCACACAGCACAGACCAAACACUCCAUUGACACACAAACGGAUAAGGAUUCUUCGGCCAAGUCUUCCAACAAUUUCUUACCUCAGUGGAAGAGCACCACACCCGCUGACGUUCGACCUCCAGGCUCAAACUCACAUACAUUGAAGGCUUCUGGCAGCACUCUUCCAUCUUCUGGAGAAAGUUCAGUCGUGCCCGAGCAGUUCACUGGUCUUCUUUACGGAUCCUCUCCAGUUGUCGACACACGGGAAGAAGCGGAGCCCUCGCGGUUGCCCUCUGGUCCCGCGGCCCCUGCGAGCCCACCCCCGGUUUCUAUGGCAACCGUCCGAGCGGACCCAGACCCGAAGGCUAUCUACGCUACUGUGAACAAAGAGCCCCGUGACUCGCCGAUCCGGAACCGGCCCGGAGACCUGAAGCUCUCUCGCAGCCUGUCCAAAUCGGACUCGGACCUGCUUUCGACUCCGCCCACUGAAGAGGAGGUGGGCCUUAGCGGCCGCAGCGAAUCUGUGUCCAACUGCAGCGCGGCCAAGAGGAGGAUGGAGAAAACGCCGUCGUUCACGUCCGAGUGGGACGAGCAGAGACAGAGGCGGUAUUCGUCCGAAUGGCGGAGACACUCAUCCACGCGCAACAUCGAGAAGAUCAUGACGCUCAUCGGAGCGGGAAUCGACAUCCCUAAAGAGCAAGAGAGCGGCUUAACAGGGCUGGGAAUGAUCUCUGAUCAGUCGGUGGGUGACUGGCUGGAGCGCGUGGGCCUGCCACAGUAUGAGAGUAAACUGCUGUUAAAUGGCUUUGAUGAUCUGAGUUUCAUGGGGAGCAAUGUGAUGGAGGAGCAGGAUCUGAAAGAGAUCGGGAUCACAGAUGCGACUCAAAGGAAGAGACUGCUGGAAGCUGCUCGCACACUGCCUAAGGUUAGAAGCUGUGAGGGUAGUCUUUCUCUCUCUUCUUGGUUGGACUCGUUGGGUCUGAGUGAAUAUCUGCACAACUUCCUGCAAAGCGGAUACAACACGAUCGAGUCUGUGAGGAACCUGUGGGAGCUUGAAAUAGUCAAUGUGCUGAAGAUCACAUUAUUGGGUCACAGGAAGCGAAUAAUCGCAUCGUUAACUGAGCGACUGUAUGAUGAGCCACCAGUGAAACCACCUCGACUUUCUCAGAUCAGAUGUCCUGAUUUGAUGCCUCAGGCAUCAUCAUCGAAUCUGGGUCUCCCAGACUUGUACACACGUCGUUUAAUGGACCCUGCAGGGGAUUCUGGGAGGACAAAGGGGGCGGAGUCAGACUACGACCUGUCAGUCAGAUCAAGAGCACAGGAGAGGUAUGAGGAUCAGCAUGCAGAGUCAAGGUUAACCCUGCGGCCCCCCAGCCAGGCAGCUCCCUGUGCACCUGUGCAGAACUGGCAUCACAAACCAGAGAAACUCAUAUUUGAGUCUUGCGGAUACGAAGCAAAUUAUUUAGGGUCCAUGCUCAUUAAGGACCUGAGAGGAACAGAGUCUACGCAAGACGCCUGCGCUAAAAUGAGAAGGUCUACAGAGCAGAUGAGGAAGGUUCCUUCCAUCAUCCUCUCCAUCACAUAUAAAGGAGUCAAGUUCAUCGAUGCUGCUAAUAAGAAUAUCAUAGCAGAACACGAGAUCAGGAACAUCUCUUGCGCGGCUCAGGAUCCAGAGGAUCUGUGCACAUUCGCAUACAUCACCAAAGACCUGCAGACCGACCACCAUUACUGUCAUGUCUUCAGCACGGUGGAUGUGAAUCUGACCUAUGAGAUCAUCCUGACUCUCGGACAAGCGUUUGAAGUGGCCUAUCAGCUUGCUCUGCAGGCUCAGAGGACCAAUCAGAGACAGAAACAAAGUUUGGCAGGAGGGACUGAGUCUGAGAUCAACAACAAGAGUAGUAGGCCAGUGCCUAAACCACGUGGAGGGACUCAAAAGCCAGGGGUGGAGUCUGCAGAAGACCCUGCCUGGCUUGUGGAGCCAAAAGAGCCCAAACACACUGUUGGCACUAACUGAACAUGAUGCCAAACCACACAGGACCAGUAGCAUGAUUCUGACUGUUCACCUUACACAUCACCACUUUGAUAUGUGUGUGUGUGUGUGUGCAUGUUGUGUGUGUGCGUGCACGCGUUUCCAUCCAUGGUCAGACAGCAUUAUUACGGAUCAGUGUUUCUCUCCUACACACACACACACACACGGAAUAGACGGCUUAAUCUCUUUCUGCUACACUGGAUGAUUGUCACUGUUUUCCUCCUAUUCAUUUCUAAGAAAUCACGUGACUAGAUUUAAACAGACUCCAUAAUUUUGGAUAUAACAGUGCACACGAGGGUACGACAGUCAGAGUGCACUACAUCGUCACUGUGGACGUGUCCCAAACCACUUCAACCCAGCCGAGGUCCUCACGUUCCUUGUUCGGACACUAACCUGUUAUUGUGACACUGUGUAUUUCAUUCAGACGUUGCGUGAAACGUGUUUUUUAAUGACUAACCCUCGAUACUGACUCUGCUCGUGCACUCUGUGUAACAUUUCUCCUGCAGCCUCUCUAGUGCUCUUGGUGUAAUGCGUUCAGACAGCAGGACAUGAUCGUAUGUCUGGGCCGAGCUGAAGCUUUUACUGGACGGUUUAGCGGUACAAGUGUUUUUUUUUUCUUUUUUUUUUCCCCCUGAGUAAUCCUAAGCCCCACCCACUUGUAAUAUAUUUUUGCAGAUGAAACAAGAUCGGGAAACAUUUCAAAAGCCGAACACGUGGCCUUUAGAUGUGACGUUAUAAACAAUCUUGUUUUAUAUAUAGAACUGCAUCUUUCACCUACUAUAAUGUAAUGCUGAUGUGAUUUGCCGUGUCCGAAGACUAUGAAAUAGAAGUGCGUAUGUCCUCAGGUUUUUGUUCGUCUUCAUAUACUAGCUGGAGUAUAACAAUUCAUCCCUUUUUUUUUUUUUUUUUUUUUUUUUUUUUUUAAUACCUUUACUCCCCAGAGUUGGUACUUUUUCCUUUUCUUAAAAUUUUUUUUUUUAUGUACUUUAAAGCAUUUAAUUGUACUUUUAAUUUGUAUAAAGUGACACUAAAAUCAGUUUGUGUGUAGAUUUCAGAUGUUUCGUUUUCUGGUUUUAUUUAGUUUUUUUUUAUCGACUCGCUGAUGAACGAGUCGGACAGAAUGCUGAAACGAAAACGUGUGCGAGUCUGGAGUGUAUAGAAGAUGCUAAACCUAGAACAGUGCGGUACUUUACACAUCUAGUCUUAGUUUACAGAAAAUGAAAUUUAUUUUAGGAUUUUAAAUCUGAUGGGUGUUGGUACAGUGCUGAACACUGGCAGGGCAGCGCUAAAGCUAACGAUGCUAACGUCGGCACUCUUUUUUUUUUUUUGGCGAUUUUUAUUAAAGAUGUGAACAAUAAUAGACUGUAAUCAGUGUGUAUUUUGAUACUUGAAUAUGAUUCUGCUUUUAUAGCUGCCUCUCUCUUUUUCUCUCUCUCGCUCUCUGUGUAUAUAUAUGUACUGUAUGUAUGUAUGGGUCAUUUUUGUUCAUUUUGAUUUUUUUUAUUUUUCUCCAAAGCUUAGUGUAUCAGGGUUUGUGUGUGUGUGAUGAGAGAGAGUGAGUUCUCACUUCAGCAUGAAAAAGAGCAAGUGUAAAUAAUCUUGGGCUU